AUGGUGGCGUUGCCAUUUGCUGUAGGUGUGUUAACUGCUCGUCGACGGGCUUUGAGAAGACCACGUCGUGUGACCAUGUACCAGGCCGUGCAGCGAGCGUGGUGCAACCUCCCGGCAAACUACAACUGGGACAUCUGCACGCAGCAGAACUACGCAGCGAGUGAGGCUGUGAUCAUCCCUGGAAAGCUCGAAGGAGCCCGAAAGCUUGUCGACAGCUCGUAUCACGGGUAUUACACCCCAGAGAGGCAGCAUUUUCAGGAUGACCUUGUCACCGAUCUUGUUGAAAACAAUGGUCGGUCACAGCAGGCACCCGUUCUGUUGUUUACUGCGGGAGCCAUGGGCGUGGGCAAAACCUUUGUGCUCCACUGGCUCCGGGACAAGGGCAUUUUGCCUGUCUCUGAUUUUGUUAAGAUCAACCCUGACAAGCUUGCCAAGCAACUUCCAGAGUGGGUGGGAUAUGAUGCCUACGACCACUCCAGCGCUGCAGUGAUGACCCGGUUGGAGGCCGGCUACCUCAGCGAGCUCACUUUGCUUUACGCUCUCCAGCAGAGGCGCAAUAUUUUGGUUGACAGCUCCCUACGGCACGGCAAGUGGUACUCCCGAGUGCUGCAAAAGAUUCGUGAAAAGCUGCCGGAUGUGUCCGUCGUCCUCAUGUACAUCCAUGCGUGCGAGGAAACGGUGUUUCAAAGGGCAGUCGAACGAGGGCACAACGGUCGAGCAGUGAGUCCUGCAGAAGUCGCCGACUCCCUGGAAAAGCUUCCUCGGGCUCUCCAGAAACUUCUUCCUUACACAGACUCUUUCAUCCAGGUCAACAACAACUUCGACGAGCCUCAGGUAACAUCCGUUUGUCAGCAGGUGCGAGACGAAGAAGGCUCCUCGUGUCAAGUGUCAGAAGACAUCGAGUCCAUGGGCGAGGUGGGCUGGGCCGGUGUGGCAAGUGUGCUGCAGCAGACGACUAACGGCCCGCCUGCAGAACCGCUAGCCGAGCCGCCGGCCAUUCUUCCAGCUUCUGGUUCCUCCCUGCCGCAGCCCAUGAGCACCCUCUUCCACACCAUCGCCUUUGCUGCCACGAAGCACCUGAACCAGACUCGCAAAAACCCACAGCAGACGCCUUACAUCAACCACCCCCUGGCCGUUGCUCGCAUUCUUGCCGAAGUGGGCAUCCGUGAUUUGCCCACGCUGCAAGCGGCACUCUUGCACGACACGCUGGAGGACACCGAUACCAGUGCUGCCGAGCUCUCCGCUACUUUUGGCGAGCAGGUCCGGGAGCUAGUGACGUCCCUGACCGAUGACGACAGCUUGCGACCCGUCCACAGAAAGCUGGUGCAGCUGCGAGGUGCUACAACUUUGCCGCCGAAGGCGAAGCUUGUACGCAUCGCAGACAAGCUGCACAAUGUGUGGGAUCUCGUCCAUCAUGGCAUCCCAUCGUGGCCCAAGGAGCGAGCACUUGGAACUUGCUGGGCGAUAGAAAAACCCUGUUCCUUACACAUAUCUAAACAUGAUCUUCGCAGUAGGCCAGGGCUUCUGCGAUACGUCUACAGCUUUCAAUAG